ACUCUGAUAGGGGGCGGAUCCAACGAUGUAUGUACUUUCGUGGCUUCUGUGAGGCAGAUUUUUAUUUAUUUUUUAAAUCCGGUAAAAUACUCGUUAUUUUCAGACUGCACCGAUGAAACAUCACGUACAGUACAUGCGUUUGAAAUGCGAAAUUGCGAUAAUUAUGGAGGAAAGUGUGCGAAAUCUCUUCACUACGCACGCUGACUGGAACAUUGGAGGAAGGAGAAAAUGCACACACAUGCUGCGGCUGAAAAGACUCAGAGCAUCGUACUGUAGCGGAUAGAGGGAUGCACGCCUCUCUCAGUAGAUUAUCCCUAUGCUUACUGGUUCAGAUUACCAACCACAAAGAUGCAGAGGAGGAGAAACACAAUGGAGAACCCUUUAUUCUGUUCAUCUCCCAAUCAACACCAUGGAUGGAUUCAAGUCUCAGAUAUGAGGAGUCCUCCAGGCCACUGGAUGUCGUGUGGUCACUCAUGUGCUGAACAUGCUGUGUGGAACCCCAAAUUCUGUGUGGUCACCGACUAUCAAAUGCUGCUUUUGGACAAGGAAGAGAUUCACCCUCUGCUCCUUCAGGAAAAGAGAACUGAUAGCAGUAAGUCCAGACUGCUGCGUCGCACCAUCAGUGUUCCUGUGGAGACGCACUUCCCAGGGUUCCAGAGUCACCUCUCGGUGGACAACAAUGAGAGAGCGAGUGGAGCAGGAGAGGGAAGAAGAGAGGAUGAAGGAUUUCUACAGUUUUUCACCGUGAUAAACAAGAGAAUCUUUCAGUCAUUCUCUCUGAGUCACUUCUGGCCUAUGGGAACGGCAUGCAUGUCUGCUUUGACUGAAGGGGACUCUUUAAUUAUUAGACCAAAGACAAAAGACUGUGUGUUUGCAUGCUCCCAUCUAACCGAAUGUCUUGUGGCAAGAAUAUCUUUAUAUUAUCUUUCGUCUUUUAGGGUGUUUGCGUGUAAGAAACUUUCACGCUUGGUCUCUAGAGUCACUCUUUCGUUACAGAAGCCCAUGAGAACAGUAUAAGAGAACAGAUCAGGUUUGAUGUUCUAUCCUUCAGCUUCUGCUAGUCCCUUAUUAAGACUCUCGGGGAUCCUUUGCCACCAUCUGCCUGUCCAGUUGCAAUAUCUUUGUAUGUGUGCCAAGUACGCUUGAAACUUUCUGAGUUAUUUUAAUGUGUCCAUAUGCUGAUCUUUAUGUGUGUUGUAUGUGUGCAUAUUUGCAUAUGCUGCGCUUGCCUGCAUUUGUAGUCAGUCAAUUUGAUCAACGUCAAAAAUUUGUGUGGG